AUGGAGCUGCCGGCGCAGCUGCGCUCGCUGCUCGCGUCCGCGGAGCGCGCGCUCGCUCCCGACCGCCUGCCGCUCGAGGCGGCGCUCUUCCCGUGCAAGGCAGCCGGCGCCUGCGGCUGCGGCUGCGGCGCCCGCCAGCGCCGGCCCAGCGUGCCGGUGCGCGACUCCGCCAUGCAGACGUGCCCGCUCUUCGAGGUCGCCGGCUCGCUGCCGCACAUCGACAGCGACGACGACGACGACGUCGCAGCUCCACCUGUCGAGGUAGCCGCGCCGCCCCUGCAGCCGCCGGCGCACGAGGACCGUUCUACCAGCACUGACGAAGAGUGUUGCCCCCUGGUGGCCACACCGAGAAGCAUCACUGAAGUCCCCGACCGCCUCCUGAUGGCGGGAAUCACCCUACCAGGAACGCAUGACGUCAAAGGGCGCCCGCUGAUCAUGAUCGACUCGCAGAGCGUCGCCAGGGCGUCGCUGGACCGCCACCAGGUGGCGACGCUGCUGCUCUACUACGCCUCCAUUCCCACGGAGGAGCGGCUGUCUGGCGGCGUGUGCGUGCUGGUGGCGUCGUGCGGGGGCGGCGAGGCGCCGUCGCUGGAGCUGGUGGACCAGGCGCUGUCUCUGCUGGCCGCCGCCGGGGGGCCCGCCGUGGGCUGCGCGCUGCUGUGGCGGCCCGCGGGACGCAAGGCCAGGCCGGGGCAAGCGCAGGCGCAGGCGGCCCCCGCCGCGCUGGCCGCCUCGGGAGUCCAGUACCACGUGGUGAGCGGGGAAGAGGCGCUGCGAGAGUUCGUGGCGGCCGAGCAGGCGCCGGCCGUGUGCGGCGGCCGCUGCGACCACGACCAGCUCGAGUGGGUCGAGUUCCACAAGGAGCUGGAGCCGCUGACGGCGCUCGCGCACGGCUGCGGCCGGCGGCUGGUGGCGGCGCUGCAGGAGCUGCGCGCGGGCGACCCGGCGCUGGCGUCGCGGCGCCAGCUGCACGCGCAGCAGCGCCUGCUGGCCAAGGCGCUCGCCGACCCCGAGCUGGCGCGGCUCCGCGCCGACGGCGGCGCCGCGCUCGCCCGCCUCCAGCAGCGCGCGCAGUGGCUGCCCGCCUCCCAGGACGUCCGGCUGUCCCUGGAGCGGGCGGAGCGGCUGCUGACGGAGGUGGAGAUGGCGUCGCGACGCCUGGAGACGCUGUGCGACGCCCGGCGGGAGCGGCUCCGGGACCUGGCCAGGCUGCGCGCGCUCCAGCACGAGAGCGAGCAGGUACUGUCGUGGCUGUGCCAGAAGGGGGAGGAGACGCUACGCCGACACUCCCAGCUGGCUACCAGCCUGCCCGCCAUCAAGGAGCAGGAGAACGACUUCGAGAAGUUCUACUUCAUCUCCAUGCGCCACCUGGACAAGGGCUCGGACCUGCUGGAGGAGUGCUCCGGAGAGGCCCGCGGUGGCGGCCUGCGGGAGCUGGCGCGCUCGCUCAAGACCCACCUGCUCGGCUUCAGCGAACGACUCGAGGACACGCGGGAGCGACUCGAGGACACCUCGCGCUGCUUCUGCCUCCUCGACAAGGCGUACGAGUGGGCUCUGGAGACGAUGAAGUACGUGUCGCGCGUGAAGACUGGCGAGGCGGCGACGGCGGAGCAGGGCCUGCAGCUGCUGCGCAACCUGCGCCAGUACCUGAUGGCGCACCCGCCCAUCGCGGAGGACCACUUCCACGAGAUGCUGGCGCUGGCGCGCAAGCUCGCCAACGACAAGCUGCUCGAGCAGGCCAAGGUGGCACAGGCGCGGUGUCAAGAGACAAUGGAGCUGAUCCGUGAGCAGCAGACGCGACUGGUGCGCAUGCGUCGCGAUCUAGGGGCAGAGGAUGCAGACAGCGACGAGGCCCUGCUGCUGGGGCUGGAUCAGCUGGUGACAGCUGCAGUCGCCACCACCGGCACUUCCGCCAGCAGCACGACACCUUGCAGCUCAGGACGGCGCCGCUCGCUGGGUGCUUUCCCGUACAUCUACAAAUGCAGCCACCACGCAGAGGGCCGAGCCUGCUCCUGCUGUGACCCCACACCACCGCCUCCGGACUACGCCUCGUCUGCUACCAGUGGCACCGGCAGUGGCAACAGCAGCACGAGUGGCGCAAGUGCCUCUGGCAGCCGCCUCAAUGGCAUCCGUGAAGAGGAGCGGGAGGGUUCCGAGGAUGGUAACAAAGAUGAAGAAAGCAGUGUGUCUGCCACCAUAGCGGAAGACGAAUGUACCCGCUGUGACCACCAGCAGACUGACCAUCCCCAGCAGUUUGUGGGGAAAAGGCCGCUGAGGCGAGCCUGUACCUGGCAGUACCCUGUGGAGAGUUUUGAAGACGAGGGUGUCUCCUGUACCGGUGGAGAUGAUAAAUGUGGCUACUCGGGUGGCGGCAGCACAACAGAUGGCAGUGAUGGCUGCCCAAAGAAUGGGGAGGACUUGGAAGAGCAUGAUAAUUCUAGUGGAAGUGGCAGUAAACCAAUGCCACCAGUCCCUGUGAACAGUCACCUGCAUUGUCACACAUCUAAUUUAAACAUCCAGGCGGACUCAGCUAAGGAGCUGAAGACACAGAAAACAUUGUUGUUAAUAAUGAGGGAGAUGAUACAGACUGAACGAGAUUACGUUAAAUCUUUGGAGUACGUUAUUCAGAACUACAUUCCAGAACUUCUAAGAGAAGAUAUUCCACAAGCACUAAGAGGACAGAGAAAUGUUAUUUUUGGCAAUAUAGAAAAGAUAUUUGAAUUUCAUAGCCAAUACUUUCUGCAAGAACUGGAACGCUGUGAAAACAGCCCGUUACUUGUAGGGCAGAGUUUCCUUCGACAUGAGAAGAAAUUUUACCUGUAUGCACUGUAUAACAAAAACAAACCAAAGUCAGAUUCUCUUAUGUCGGAAUAUGGAACUUCCUUCUUUAAGGGUAAGCAGCUUGAGCUAGGUGAUAAAAUGGAUUUGGCUAGCUAUCUACUUAAACCAGUACAGCGAAUGGGAAAGUAUGCUCUACUGCUACAGCAGCUAAUGAAAGCAUAUCCUGACAAAGAGAGUGAGAUUGCUGAUAUCCGCGCAGCUGAACAGAUGGUUCGUUUCCAGCUACGUCACGGCAAUGAUCUUCUGGCUAUGGACUCUCUUAGAGAUUGUGAUGUGAAUGUGAAAGAACAAGGAAGAUUACUACGUCAAAAUGAAUUCCUAGUUUGGCAGGGAAAAGGAAAGAAGUGCCUUCGACAUGUCUUUCUGUUUGAAGAACUUAUCCUCUUUAGUAAAGCAAGGCGGUUUCCUGACAGGAAGAAUUUGGACUUGUAUAUCUACAAGAAUAGCAUUAAAAUGACAGAUAUUGGACUAACAGCUAAGAUUGGAGAUAGCCCAACCAAGUUUGAAAUAUGGUUUAGGAAACGAAAACCAAAUGACACCUUUACAUUGCAGUCCAUGUCUGAAGAAAUUAAACAAGCAUGGACUGAAGAAAUAUCAAAACUUCUGUGGAAACAGGCGCUGAGAAAUAGAGAGAUGCGCCUCGCUGAAAUGUCUUCCAUGGGCAUUGGAAACAAACCAUGUUUAGACAUCAGGCCAAGCGCAGAUCAGAUUAAUGACAGGUCCAUCAGCAUUGCACAGUUGAGCAAAACUGCCCCGCGAUUCCGCAACUCUAUCACGGUGGCACCAGGAGAGCUCUCGCGCAAUAACAAGCGGCCACAUUCUAUAAUCUCAGUGAGCAGUUCAUCAUCAUCUGCUGGCAGUAACAGCAGCCAUGGGACGCUGCACCUGGGCUUUGAGUCUGUAGACAGCCCAAGGGCUCACCAUCGCUCCACGACACUGCACAGCCAGUGUUCUACUGAGAGUGGGAUCAUAGCAGAUAUGUCAUUGGGCUCGGAGGAUGCAGAUGCAAGUCACUGGCAUGUAGAACGGUCAAACAGUUCAGCUACAUCUGUUUCACUUGAUUCUUCAUUAUCGCCAGUAUCACCUACAGAAGAUCUUAAAACCUGUCUCGAAGGUGUUCAAGUGAAGGGACAAGAAACAACAGAACUUCAGUCACCAGACUCUGGUGUUGUUCCUGAUGAAAUGUCAGUAAAACUUUGAAAUGAGGUGCUAUACUAAACAUAACUUCAUUUAUUGACUUUCCUCAAACUAUUCAAAACAUUUUUAAAAGAGCGUGUGUGUGUUUUUGGUGCUUGUCACCUAGUUCUCGUGUGCAUAAACACUCAUGUAGUGCAGGACUGCUUCAUUAUAACAGUGUAUUUAAGAUUCACUGUAAAAGUGAAAUAACUUGUGUACAAUUCAUACAUUGCAGAUGUUUAAUUUUCUAAUAUCAGAAUGUAAUGAUGUACUUAUAUUAGUAUUAAAACUACUGUAAAUACACAAAUGGAAAAUGUGUACAGGACUUCCUUGAACACAGUAUUUAUUAAUAAACUUUGCUAAACUGUGCUUUUUGUACAGUGCUGACAUUUAUAAAGGAAAAAAAGCUGCAAAUUCAAUCUAUUUUUAAACAGGAUGCAUAUUUGCCUCUCUCUCUCUCUCUCUCUCUCUCUCUCGCUCUCUCUCUCUCCCCCCCCCCCCCCCCCCAACCUCCCCCAUAUAAAGCUUGUCAAAUUUUUUUAUGACCUUAUGGCAUUAAAUGAAAUUUUUAUUCAUUAGCACAAUUUCCCAACAUAAAAUUUAUGUUGAUGUAAUUUUAGGCAGUUAAAAAGUCCAAAACUGAUUCAUUUAAUAUGGGUAUGAAAAGUCUUUAAAUCUGUAUCCAAUUGCCUUAAAUAUAUUUUGAAGAAUAAAUAUAACUUUGAAUAGUUAAACUUAAGCUCAAGUAUAAUACUAACAGUAAAAAUAUACAUACAUAAUAUAUUUUUGAUAAUUCAACAUUUCCUACAUGAGUAAUUCCAGACACUUUUAUUCAGUGUAUUUAGUGCCUGCAGUUGGAUUGAGUCCAGUCUGCAGUCAUAAUGACUGCUAACAACUGUUUUACUGUGUUGAAUGUGCAGUUUACAUGAGAAGCAGAAUGAUUUUUCAGUACUAUAAAUUAUGUUCACCAAUUAGAAAUGUGAUAAUUAAUUUGAUUUGGCAGCUUUUAAAAUUUAGAAAAUUUAUGAAGUUUAUUUUUAUGAGAUGACUAUGCUGUUGAACAAUGAGCAAGCCAUUAUGUACUGUAUUGACUGCUGUCAGACAGGAAAAAAUAAGUAAAGAGUCUUUGUAAAUUAAUGUAAUAAAAGUUUGUAUUUAUA